AUGAUGAAUGAAUACUGUACCAAUUGUCACCAAUCAUCAUAUCCCUUGGUGCGUUCGUCAUGGGCAAGGGCUGCGUUGAUUAAGAUAGAAAACGAUCGAUGUUUACAAAGCAUCGAUCGAACGAGAUGGUAUCGUUUAUCCCGAAGUGAUCUAUUGCAUGACGAAUAUCGCGAACGUUUCUGUCAAUUGAAUGAAGACGAAGAUACCCAAUUGUUUCUCAAACAAAGCGAAGAGAAAUCUGAAAAUGUGUUCUUACAAAUGAUUCAUACUGUAUUUGCGUCUUUGUUAACAUUGUUUAUGACACGAACAUCAGCAAAUGGUCUACUCGGGCGUGGUCGAAUGUUUGUUUACUCAAGUGCACAGUUUAAAACUUUACUCGAUAUCGAAUCAGAUGGAAAAUCACCAUUCAGCACCUUACUCGACAUCGGUGCGGGCGACGGGUCAAUAACGGAGCGCAUGGCGAAUAAUUUUAACAAAGUCUACGUUACUGAACUAUCUCCAACUAUGCGUUGGCGUUUAUCAACGUAUGGUUACACAGUGCUCGAUACGAACCAUUGGGGAGAUCAUAUAUUUGAUGUUAUUACUUGUUUAAAUGUCCUUGAUCGUUGCGAAAAUCCUGUACAAUUACUCAGGCAGAUUCGCGAUCAUCUAAAUCCUCAGAUCGGUCGUGUAGUUCUUAGUCUUGUUCUUCCGUUCAAACCCUAUUUUGAGUAUAACAGUCAUCACCGACCGAAUGAAUCAUUACAGAUCGAAGGUGAACUACCUGAGGAGCAAAUUAACAGUUUUGUGCUGAACGUCAUUCAACCAUCAGGUUUUCAUCUAGAAAAAUUAACGCGUCUACCAUAUUUAUGUGAAGGUGAUAUGGAACGGAGUUAUUAUUUCCUAUAUGAUUAUGUCUUUGUCUUAGCAAUAUGA